AUGCACCCUCCUCUCUAAUUUAAUUUUCACUUUUUAAAUAUUGGUGAAAAUAUAAAUAAUUAAUUAGUUAUUUAGUAGGAAAAAAUGAAGAAAAAUCUUUAAAUAAUUAGAAAUCAAUUAAUAAUUAAACUAAAAGCUGAAAAUGAAAAACAAAUCAGUUAAAAUAAAAAAGAAAAACACAAGAUGAAUAAAAAAACAGUAAUCAAUAAAAAGCUAAUCAAAAAUAAAUUAAAAGAGUACCUGAAAGAAAAAUAUAUAACUGAUUAGUUGAAUAGAAGGAAAAAAUUAAUAAAUAAUAUGAGAUUAGGUUAAUUAAUUAAUAAUCAAAUAAAAAGUUUAAAAUGA